AUGCUAUCGCGUCUUACCUGCGUUUGCACACACAGGGUUAUCAAUGCCGAGAAGUCAGAAUUCAACGAGGACCAGGCGGCGUGCUGUGAAAUCUCCAUCCGGAGGAGAGAGCCAGGCCUGGAGGAGGAUGAGGAGUGGCUGAUCCUGUGCUCCACGCAGUAUUUGACCGGUUCCUACUGGGCGCUGUUUGAUGGCCACGGUGGCCCUGAAGCUGCCAUCAUUGCCUCCAACUAUUUGCACUACUGCAUCAAGCAGAAGCUGGAGGAGGUUGCGGGGGGCAUCACAGAGGCACAUCCCCCCAUGCAUCUGAGCGGACGCUGCGUUUGCGACAGCGACCCCCAGUUCGUGCAGGAGAAGCAGAUCCAUGCAGAAGACAUGGUGGUGGGAGCCCUGGAGAACGCCUUCCAGGAAUGCGAUGAAGUAAUUGGUCAGGAGAUGGAAGCAACUAACCAGACUGGAGGCUGCACAGCUCUGGCAGCCCUUUACCUCCAGGGAAAGCUGUACGUGGCUAACGCUGGGGACAGCAGGGCAAUUCUUGUUCUGAAGGACGAUAUUGUGCCCAUGAGUUGCGAGUUCACACCCGAGACAGAGAGGCAGCGAAUCCAGCAUUUGGCGUUUCUCUUCCCCAAGCUCCUGGAUGGCGAGUUCACUCGCUUUGAGUUUCCACGGAGGUUGAAGGGAGAUGACGUGGGCCAGAAAGUCCUGUACCGGGAUUACUUCAUGGAGGGCUGGGGAUACAAGAUGGUGGAGAAAGCAGACCUCAAGUACCCUCUUGUCCAUGGUCACGGGAAGCAGGCUCGCUUGCUGGGGACUCUGGCUGUCUCUCGAGGGCUAGGGGAUCAUCAACUCAAAGUCAUCGACACCAACAUUGAAGUCAAACCUUUCCUCUCCUGCAUUCCUAAGGUGAAUGUAUUUGACUUUGCUCUGCAUGACAUUAAGGAAGAUGAUGUCCUCAUCAUGGCAACUGAUGGCCUUUGGGAUGUUCUGUGCAACAAAGAGGUGGCCCAUUUGGUCAGGAGCUUCCUUGCAGAAAACAGGACAGACCCCCACAGGUUUUCAGAACUGGCCAAGCGCUUGGUAUGCAAAGCGAGAGGAAAGAAAACAGGCCACCAGUGGAUGCUGGAUGACAGCCACGAAGCAUCCUACGAUGACAUCUCUGUAUUUGUCAUCCCACUGCACAACAGGGAUGCGGACUGUUAGCAUGGCACGCAGGAUGUCAGUGCUCCCCUACUGCGGUGCUAUUCAGCAUCAAAGCAAGACUGAGGGAUGUCUGCUGUGCAUGUACACUCUUCCAGUAAAGCCUCCCUCACGUGGAACCUGAAAACGCACAGGCAACAUUAUGCACAAGAGGAUCAACAAGAAAAUUUAACUCCUUAUGAACAUGCAAGAAAGGAACAGUGGGCAACUAAUCAUUCCUCUUACUCCCUUCUCUUUGUUGUGCUAAUGAGAAAUUGCAAAGGUGGCCACAGAAGCUGAAGAGCACUAUUUCUAAGAUCCUCACAGUACAGUUAGCCUCAAAUCCACGUUCUAGUGACCUCCCCUCGCCUUUUAGUUUGCACAAGAGAUCCAACCAGGCUCCUCAAGAGCUGGAUUUUAAUCAGAAGUGAACUUAACUAAGUUCUGUAAAACAGGAUGCAUAAGCUACAGGCAUCCCUCUUUUCCAUUUGCUGUAACACAAGAUCUACUGAAAGACCGGGCGUUGCUGCUAAGACAGCAUUACACAUGGCCAUGCCUGCGUAAUGCAACGCAAAAGCUGAAGCAAUUGCCCAGAGCUCUUCCAGUGGAGAAAGUUGCUUCUUGUAGGCAGCACCAUUUCGAAAUGGAAGAUGCUGUUAUCAGAUGAAGCUACACAAGUGUGCAGGAACCUCCUGUAUAAAGGUACAUGCCUUGCUGUUAUUUAAGAACAUUUUAAGUAUAUGGCAUGCAAUGCAAUCUACAUACUUCUAACAAUUCAUAGUCCACAACACAACAGUUUUCUUGUUCAUUCAGGUCAUUUGUCAUUCACAGUGAGGCUGUUUUCAUAGCAGUAACACUGAUGAGAACGCAAGCAAUUAAGUACAUCAGCUCAUUUACUAGAAGACCUCCAAGUAAAAUAAAACCAGGUUUUCAAAUUUG